AUGUCUGGGGAGAUUCGAUAUGCUUCUGGGGCAAGCGCCCAGGCUUUGUUCGAUAAGCAGCAGUACACCAUGGGCAUAUCGAGAAACAUGUUUUCACCACACGACAAGGUAAAGGAAAAGAAGUGUAUGAUCCCACCGGCACUGAUGAAGGGAGUUACAGUAGCCAAGUUGUGGGAUGCUAUUUUCUCCGACAAAGCUGAGUUCUUGCAGCGUUACCACGGGAGUCGAAAAGAGACGAACUUGGAGCUGAGUAAGUGGGAGUACGCGCCGGACAUGGCCAGCGGGUUUCGAACGCUAACUUUCCAAUGCACCGUGGACUUACCCAGAGGGCCCGUCGACACUACCCUUAAUCAGGCGCACCGUUUUGCCUACACGUCAUCAACAAGUGGUGGUAUAACACUCGUGUAUCACGUAUCCUCUCAGACACCAAAUGUACCAAUGGGAACGACCUUCCGGACAGAGGCACUUCUUGAAAUUACCGCACCCUCUGAGGAUGCAGAUAUCACAUUGGCCGUGUACGGUGGUUGCAAGAAAAUGAGUAUGGGCUUUGCUGCCAUCCAAUAUAUGGCUAAUCCGCGGGCAAUAAAGGAGAUGACGCGGGCAUAUCAGCAGAUGCUGGAAAUGAUUUCGAAGGAUCUGACCGGUGAUGUUCUAUGUGUGCAGACGUCAGAUGUAUCUGAGGGUACCUACUCAGCAAAGGAAACUUCUGUCAGCGAACCAUCCGCUAGUGAGGAAGUGGGCCAAAGCAGUACACUUUUCCAGGGUCUGCUGCUUGUUCUUGCUUUGGUUGUCGCAGUUUCACUUUUGUGGCACUUGGCCGGACUCCAAAAUAUCGGGCGUAUGACUUCGUUAUUGUCAGCCCGAGUGAACGAUCAAACGAUGAACAGCGCUCCACAUCCCAGUUCUUUGGCCGACGCCCUCAACAUGGGUUCGUCUGCUGAUACAAAAACUGCAAGGCCGUCGUUAACCCAGGAUAAGGCACUUCACCACGCAGCACGGGAUGUACACAUACAGUCACUACGACAACGAUGGUUGGAGCAGCGUGAUCGCAUCGUAGCCUUGGAGGCCAGCCUUGACAAACUUUGGUCCUUCUUUUUUAUGCAGUUACUGAUCAUUAUGUUUAUCGUAGUAAAGUUAUUUAUGAGCCCUUCGUAA